AUGCCAGCCGACAAUCACAGCGUUUUUGAUCCUGUCACCUUCAUCCUGAUCGGCUUUCCUGGAACGGAGGAGUCUGACUUCUGGCUCGCCAUCCCCUUCUGUCUGAUGUACGUUGCGGCGCUUCUGGGGAACUCUCUCCUCCUGUUCAUCAUAGCGACAGAACGAAGCCUCCAUGAGCCCAUGUACCUUUUCCUCUCCAUGCUGGUCACUGCUGAUCUGCUGUUGUCCACCAGUUCAGUGCCCAAGAUGCUGGCUCUUUUCUGGUUCAGAGCAGGGGAAAUUUCUUUUGCUGCCUGCCUCACCCAGAUGUUCUUCAUCUACGUCAGUUUCACUUCUGAGUCGGGCAUCCUGCUGGCCAUGGCAUUUGAUCGGUACGUUGCCAUCUGCAACCCCCUGAGAUACACCACCCUGCUCACCAAGCCUGUGGUCGGGAAGAUCGGGCUGGCGGUUCUCACAAGGAGCGUCGGCGUCUUUUUUCCUUACGUCUUUCUCCUGAAACGCCUGAAAUUCUGCAGAACCAACCUCCUGCCUCACACCUACUGCCAGGAAUGGGCCAUCGCCCAGCUGGCCUGCAACGACAUCACAGUCAACUUCUGGUACGGCGUUGCCAUAGCCACUUUCGCAUUUGGUUUGGACGCCGUGCUCAUUGCUGUAUCUUACGUGCUGAUUCUCUGGGCCGUCUUCCGACUCCCCUCCAAAGACGCCCGGCUCAAGGCCCUGCGCACCUGCGGCUCCCACGUCUGUGUCAUCCUGAUGUUCUACUCGUCAACUUUUAUCUCCUACUGCACAGAGGAGUUUCGGAACAUCGUCCCGGGAUAUAUUUUCAAUUUACUGGCCAACAGCCACGUGCUCGUUCCCCCCAUGUUAAACCCCAUCAUUUAUGGGGUGACCACAAAGGAGAUGCUGAAACGGGUGAUCAAUUUGUGUUCUCGAUGGUGCCGACGAAGCUCCCUGCAAUGCUAAAGGAGGCAUCAGAAAAUGCCUUUGGACAUGGCAAUGAACGUUGGGUUUUCAUCAGAACCGUAGGGCUGCUGUAAUGAUGGCCCUGCCCUGGGCUAGCUUGAACAUUUCUCUCACUUGCCAACAGAAUGGGUGCACCAGAAGAUAUUUUUCC